UGACAUCACACACGGAAACGCUAAACUUUCCUAGAGCGCAUACUUAACGCGGCGUCUUUUACAGAAAAGCAAAGGGCACGGAGAGUGGAAGAAGCAGCCAUUUCCUGUAACUCUUAGAUGGAUGUGAAACAGGAGAUGUACCAGACGGACAUGUUGGACAUGGAGUUAAAGACUGUAAAUAUUAAGGAGGAAGAAGUCUUCAAAUGGGAGCAUGUUCACCAUCAACAGCAGAGUUUGUGUAUUAAACAUGAGGACUGGGAACUGGAGACCGUGAGCAUAAAGGAAGAGUCUGAGGAGAAGCCUGUCAUUAGUGAUAUGGAAAAAUAUGAAAUUAUAAACAGAGUCAAGAAAGAAGACCUUCAGGCAGAGUCUGUCUGUCAGUCUUUGGGCCAAGAUGAAGGUGUUAGUGGAUUAGUCUUCUUUCACAGUAGAAAUUGCCCUGUUCAGGAGCGUUCUGUCAGCAUGAUGUCUGAUAUUUAUUUAGACUCAACAACCGAAAUAUCAAGAGGAACAUCUAAAGGUCAUCCAUCCUGUACCAAUCAGAUGGGAGAAGGUAUAGAGGAGAGUCUCAGCUUUCCCUCGUCACCUUUGGUUCAGACUUCAUUUCAUGGCAAAGCACAACAGUCAGCGUUUGAUGGAAACCUGAAAAUCUGGACAUCUGGAUCAGAGGUUUUGACACCAGACUUUUUGAAGUUCAGUUCUCAACCUGACAGGAAGCAAACAAGAACGGACACCAUUAUUACCCAACACAAUGGGGGUCUGGGCCCUUUGUACAUCUAUCAAGAGCAAAUGAAAAGUCUGAAAUGCAAAUCUAACAAAGGCAAUUGGUCAAUCCAACCAAGUCAAAAGCCAUACCUUUGUUCCGAAUGUGGGAAAAGCUUCUCUGUCAGGAGCCACCUGCAAACACACUGCAGAAUUCACACUGGAGAAAAGCCAUAUGGCUGUUCUGAAUGUGGAAAACGAUUUUCAGACCGGAGCAAUUUUCAGGCCCACAUGAGAAUUCACACUGGAGAGAAGCCAUACGUCUGUUCUGAAUGUGGAAAAAGUUUCUCACAGAUCAGCCAGCUUCAGACCCAUAGAAGAAUUCAUACUGGAGAGAAACCAUAUAGCUGUUCGGAAUGUGGUAGCAGAUUCAAUGACAGGGGUAGUCUUCACAGACACUCUCGAAUGCACACUGGGGAGAAGCCACAUGGCUGUAGUGAGUGUGGCAAAAGAUUCUCGCAAAUGAACCAGCUUAACACUCACACCAGGAUUCAUACUGGAGAGAAACCAUAUUGCUGUUCGGAAUGUGGCAAAUGUUUCUCUGACAGAGGAAGCUUUUUUAAGCACUCCAGGGUUCACACAGGAGAAAAGCCAUAUGGCUGUACUGAAUGUGGCAAACGAUUCUCUAACAGGAGCUGUCUUACCCGCCACAUAAGCAUUCACACAGGUGAAAAGCCAUAUUGUUGUUCUGAGUGUGGGAAAAGAUUCUCUAGUAGUGGCAGUUUUCGGUAUCACCAAAGAAUUCACGCCAGAGAGAAGGAGAAGGUACAAGGUGUUACUAUCAUUAUAAUAUCCCUAAUUGAGAGAAGGCCAUCUGUCGAGGAGACUACAACAUUGAGGUGCAAGCGGCCCCCACGUAAAACAGUUGACCUGAAGAGAAUGUCCGGCUACACCCGAGUGUCCACGUAUACCAUGGAGAACAAAAGACUUGUGGUCAUUAAAGAAGAACUAGACGAUGACAGUUAUUGGGAGUCUGGGCAACGUCAGACAAAAGAAGAGAAUUGUCAAGGGGGGCUGGCAGUCAUUAAAGGAGAGCCUGAGCCAACAUCCGACACCUGCGACAUUGUAAGCCGCGUCAAGUCUGAAGACGUUGAAUCAGAAUGGGCCUGUCGGCCUGUGCGUCUACAUGGGGAGGGAAGUGGAACAGGCGUGACAGAGAGUGAACUGCACUUUGUCCGUCUGAAGAGCGAGUCUUGGGACUGGGAUGUGAUGAAGACUGAGAGAGCAUCGAGUUUAAGGUAUUCCAGUGAAGAUCUAUUAGAAAACGGCACCUCCUCCCCAUCUUCAUCUCCUCAGAGCUCUGUUCAGCGUAUCCCAGAGGAAAAUGAAACUGUGAAAACUCUAGCAUCUGGAUUGGAGGUUUUGCUACCGGCCUCAUUGCCACACAGUUUCCUGCCAUUUGUGAAGUUAACACAGAUCGACGCAAUCAAGACUCAGCCACAGGCGCACGAUACAAAAUCUGCAAGUUCGGCGGUCUGCCACGAGAGCAGGAAAACCUCGAAAAGCAAACCUAAAGCUAAAUACAAGCGGAGUCAUUCCAAACAGAAGACAUUCUGCUGUUCUGACUGUGGAAAGAUCUUCUCUGUGAGGAGCAGUUUUUACAGCCACGUAAAAAUUCACGCUCCAGAGAAGCGACAUUGCUGUGCUCAGUGUGGCAAAAGAUUCACUCUUAGGAGCACCCUGAACAGCCACAUGAGAACUCACUCUGGGGAGAAGCCAUACGCCUGCGUUGAAUGUGACAACCGAUUUUCACGAAGGAGCCACCUUCAGACCCACGCGAGAGUUCACACUGGAGAGAAGCCGUAUUGCUGCUCUCAGUGCGGCAGGCAGUUUUCGCAGACGAGCAGCCUGAAUAAACACUUGAGAAUUCACACGGGGGAGAAGCCAUAUUGCUGUGCUCAAUGUGGCAAACGAUACGCCUCCAACAGCAGCCUUCAGGUCCACAAACGGUUCCACACUGGAGAAAGACCGUAUCCCUGUUCGGAGUGUGGGAAACGAUUCUCCAGAAGCAGCGACCUUCAGAUGCACGUGAGGCUUCACACUGGAGAGAAACCAUACUGCUGCCCCGACUGUGGAAAGAGGUUCACCAGAAGAAGCAAUCUUCAGACGCAUUCAAAACUGCACAAGGGGGAGAAACGGUACUGCUGCUCGAAAUGUGGUGAACGUUUCUGUUUCAGGAACAGUCUUCGGUCUCACAUCAGAAAUCACUGCGGGGACAAUCCUUAGUGAGGUGCUGAAUGUGGCAAGUGAUACACCAUCAGUAGCAGUCUGCGCAGCCACCGGACCCCUCUGUUCAACUGGGAAGUAAUCUGAAUUAAACCGCUAAGCAUCUCCUCUCAUGUAGGAUGAACUUGGAAGCUCUAGUAGGGUUGAGGGUAUCAGCAGCCCCUGGGAUUGGCCCUUGCGCUUUGGGGUGAGAAGCGUUCGUUCUUUAGUAAACCUUCAGUAAUACUCGGUCACCAGGAUGACCAGCUUCUGACACCGACUGGGGCAGGGAAGAGGCGUCUGUUAGCUGCGAACGUGGAGUCUUUGUAAGAGCGAUGUCAGGCUGCUGCACGUCUUCUGAGAGUAAAUGGAAAGUCAUUUGUGUGUCAGUCAGUUGAGCUUAGGCAAGUUCUACCAUAGGGAAGAAUCUUCACAAGGUCUUUGACACAUCUUAUCCAGCAUGAGUAAGUUAGUUUCUCUCAUUUAGAUUAUCCUCCCUUGCAGUUGAAACUACAGGUGCAUCUCAAUAAAUUAGAAUAUCAUGGAAAAGUUAAUUAAUUUC